GAGUGCCAUGUCGAAAGAGACCUGAAUUUCGGUGAUCUUUUAUUUUCAGUGGGUGGGUGCGGAGAGAAAAGAGAAUGAUUGUGUACCAACCGACUUUGUCAGAUGUCAAUUGUGUUCCGCUUUACACUGUACAAUCAGUACGGCUUUUCAUGUGGCGAAUCUGAUCCUCCCACGUUCGAUCCAAUACCCAACUAAAAUUAUCCAUUUGCUUAAUGAUAUGAUAUCAACUCCAGAUCCAACCCGAGUUCAGUGCUUCGAUUCAGAGCUCACUUCUCUACUACCCCCCAAUUAAGCUUCAUCUAUGGCGGAAAAGGUACACUAACUAUGAUACUAGUAAUUUCAAUUCUACGCUUGUUUGUCUUUAAUUAUACUUACAAUUCGCGUUCUUGGGUGGGUUUCCUUCUCCACUCUGAAAUUUUCUUCAAUUCGAAAAUUCCAAUACAACUUGGGGGCAAUCAAAAUCACAUUUUUCUGGGAAUCGCCCAGACAGAGUAAUUGGUUUUCUCAGAAUUUUUCUAGAAUUGCGCUCCAUGAGCUGGAAUGAUGGUUGUUUGUUCUCGAUCUUGAUCUGAACUUGGGGCCAAUCAAAAUCACAUUUUUUUAAUGCCCGAGUAGUGGGUUUUGUAUUUGGGGGCAAUCAAGAUCACAUUUUUUGAAGGCCCGAAAUUUUGGUUUUGUAAUGGAUUUGGAAAGUGAGUGUUUGGGGCUUGAAUCUGGGGAAGAUAAUGAAGUGAUGAUAACUUCAGAAAGAUUGUUGAAUUUCGAUGGAAGUAAGAUUGCAAGUAAUGGGUAUUGUGGUAGUGAACACAAGUAUGAUCGCUCUUCGACCACUACGAAAUCAGAGGACAUUGAGGUUAAGCCUUCUGAAGGGUCAUCACCACCGGCUGCAACUAAAGGGUACGGGCUGAAGAAAUGGAGGCGAAUUAGGAGGGAAUUUAGCAAAGAUGGGAGUGGCAAUUUAGAUCCUAGUAAGAUAUUGAAGCGGGGUUUGUCUGCAUCCAUGGCAAAUUCGGUUAGACCUCAGGAGUUAUCUAUUGAGACGAGGCGAAAAAGUGAUAGCUCUCUAUCAUCUGCAAAGGCAGUGGUGAAAAUUUUGGGUGUUGGCUCUAGCUUGGAAUCUAAGUGGCCGGGGGGACCUAAUUUUGCAGCUUGGACAGAUUCUGAGAACAGCGAGGAUAGGAUUAGCAAAUCUUCCACUGCUGCUAGUGUUCCAAAGUCUAGGUAUGAGAUACCUUUGUUGGUGGGUAAUGUGCGCAAUAAGAACAGGAUGAAUGGUUUUAGUGGGAAGAGUGCGGUUGAUUCGGUUCAAAGUGGUGAAAAAGGAAAGAACUGGACUGAGGCCAGUAAGAAGCUGAGAGGAGAACGGGUCAAAAUCGAGAAGGAAAACUCUCAUUCCAGCGUGGAACCUGACUUGCGAAGCUCCAACUUUGUCUUUGUGCAGGGCACCGGUUCUGUGACCAGUAAUGGAAGACAAAGUGGGAUGUCAACGAAUAGCAACGGAGAAAAUAGUGAUGAGGAUCGGGGUGGUGAACAAUGCUACGAUGCGGAACUUCAAACUGGUUACAACAGCAAAGAAAUUGUGGGAGAAUUAGAAGAUCUUGCUCAAGAAGAUUUAGUUCAUGGUUCUUGGGAGGUUGAUGGAGAAAACAUAGAGAAUUUUAGUUCGUCGAAGGAUAUAGAUCCCCUAGUCGAGUCUAUCGUCACCCUGCAGUCUGCACAGGAGGCACUUGAAAGAGAAGUUCAGAAAUUAAGGAGGAUAGGAGAAAUUGCAAUUUUCGACAGUUUGAACCAUGGGAGUAAUUUACCUUCAGAAUUUGCUUCCCUCGAUCAAAAAAUCUACAAGACAAGUUCUUCUGACAUGUUGCACCCUGGGGAGAUUACACAAAAUUCAUCUCAUUUCCUGGGGAAACAGGUCAAAAGCUUAAAGCAGAAUGUUGGUCACUUGGAAAGCAAGAUUGAAGAGGCAAAUGCUUUGCUCAAAGUGAAGGACGCCAAGGUUAUUGAACUUGAAUGUGCUGUAAAGAGUAAUGAGUCCCCAAAGGAAGAAAAGAGGAGCACCAUAGAGUCGCGGAAAGAAUAUAUAGAGAUGGAGGCAGAGCUGGAGGAUCUCUUCAAGCAAAAAAUUGAAGCUGAGGUCGAGUAUCUGGCUAUUUCAAGAACAAUCCCGAAGGUGAGAGUUGCCGCAGCGGAUCACAUUGCAAUGCUACCACCUCAGAUAUUUAAUGAGCUUGGGGAUGCCGAAAGCAAGUCUGAAAGGCUAAAGAGAGAAGCUGAGACUGAUCAAGUUUUGAAGCUGCAAAAGAGGGUAUGCAAGGUUACUUCUUUCUUUUUCGUACAGUUUAUGUUGUUGUUUAUAGUAUUUUUAUUGUUUUUGUUGCAGCUGUCACCCCAUUAUGUAGGGGUUGUACCCACCUAAUGUUUUAGAACAGGUAGCCCUUUCUGUGUAUUAUUCCAUCUCUCUAAGUUAGUGUUUGAGUGUUACGUUUUGUUCUCUAUUAGAAGAUGAUAGAGAGACUUGAUUCGAGCACGUUCCUAGUAGUUUACUCUUUGGAUCUUGGAGAAAGAACUGCAGAAGAAUGUUUUAGUCGAAUGUUUGAAAGUUCGAACGGUGGUUUUCUUUU